GGUAGAUUAUGACUGAGGUGGUUCCCACAAAGUCCCAGGAAGAGUAUGAGGACGACUUUGAGAAGGAUCUAGACUGGCUGAUCAAUGAGGAAGGUCGGAGCGAGGACCAGGCCGGGUGCUGAAUGGGUCCCUGCUCCAUGAAAGUGUGACAGUCAAUAGUGUUGAGUUACCCGAGCUGGCAUAUCUCACUGCUUGCAUGUGAAACCUUCUCUGUUGACAUACAGUGACAUACUUUCCCUCUGUGCCACUGCAGGAUGCAAUAUUGAUGAACACACUUACACCUGUCUGUUAUCACACCAACAUGCCUAUUUACCUACUAAGUAUUGACGUUGCUCUUUCAUUUGCAUUCAAACCUAAUUAAUAAAUGUAGCUGUCUUUUGCACCCCACAGGGUCCUAACUAUGAGGACAUAGAGGCAGAAAUUGACAAAGAACUGGAGGAGGAUGAGAAGCAUCAAAGAAUGAAGCAAAAGGAGAAAGGCAAUAAGGCAGAGAAGAGUGGCAAAAAAGCAGAGGAGGUGGAGGAAGAUGAAGAGAGGUGGCCCUCACCUAUGGAGCCACUGGAGUACGACUCAGACAGAGACAGCCCAAAUAAGUCAUUACCUAUAGUCCCACCUCCUCCGGGGAUGGAUGAGCAGACAGAAGAGGACAAAAAGUACAUUCUUGAGAAGAUCCAGCAGGCUAAUCGAGAAUUGCAGGAUCAGGAAGCUCCGGAUAUGACGCGACGCAGGCGGCUGCAUUUUAAAGAUACGCUGGUGGACCUGGUGGUGCCUCCACUGCAGUUUGAGAAAGAUGUUAACAGUGAGGUGGAAAGGCGAAAGGACAACAAGCAUAUAGUUCAGGAUGCAGAGGAAGUGUCAGGGAAACUGUCUAAGCUAAAACUUUCCCCCCGAGAGGAAGGUGUAGGUGGAUCUGGAGGAUGUGGAAGAGGUGACGAGAACUGUGAGAGAGGUCAGGGAAUAAAGGAGAGCAGAGUUCUUGUAGAAAAAGAUGGGAAGUUUGAUCUGGUCAACCUGAAAGAGGUGGAGAGUCAAGGCCUUCUCCCUCCCAUAGCAAGCAGCUACAGCUCCCUGGAGCAGACUGUGAGCCCCAGUAAGAUCCACAGUUCCUUCUCCUUCUCUCCUCAUUCCCUUGCUGGCUCUUUCCCCUUCCAGCAGGCCAUCAAUCAUCUCCAGGCCCCGAGACCUCCAGCAAAGCCCAGGAACAGGCCCAGCUCAGCCAGCCACAGCCAGAGAGGUAGCCAGAGGGGAACUGCCAAUCGGCGGGUGCAAUCAGCCACUGGGACUCCCUGCCAGGCCACCUACACCCUCUCCCCCGAGCAGAAAGAGGUGCUGCAGAAGAUCCAGGAGAGGAAGGAGAAGCUGACCAGAGAGGCAGAGCAGAGGAAACUCGAGGAAGAAGAGCAGAAGAAGCGGGAGAACGAGCUGGCGUUCAAGGCCUGGCUGAUGAGGAAGAGAGAGCAGCUUCAGGGGGAGAGAAGGAUCCACCGAGCCCAGGAGAUGGAGAGGAUGAGUUCUAAGAGGGGCCCCAUUGACCCAGAGGAGGCCUUCAGGUUGUGGCUGCAGAGGAAGCAGGAGCAGCAGCAGAAGGAGAGACAGCUGGUGGAGCUGAAGAGGCUGGAGGAUGACAAUGGUUAUCUCUUACGUAGCCGUGAGGAGUGUGAACGUGCCUUCAAACUGUGGCUGAAGAGGAAGCGGGAGGAGAAGCGGGCCGAGCAGCAGGCAGCUCGCGAGCACUCCCGCAGGUUGGUGCUGGAGGAGCGGCGUGCGCGACGCAUGCGGGACCUGCUGUGUACGACCAGUGAAACCAAGCCAUUCAAAUUCACUGAGCAGGUGGCCUACCGCUUCUGAC